AUGCCGCUAGUUGGAAACAACAUUAGUAAAAGAAGAUUGACCAUGUUUCUGCCUCACGAAUUGAUCAUUCAAAUCUUACUGUGGUUACCAGUUAAGUCUCUUUUACGUUUCAAAUGUGUUUGUAAAUCAUGGUUUUCUCUUAUAUCUCAUGACUCCCACUUUGCAAAUUCACAUUUUCAACUCACAACCAAUCGUAGAAUUCUAUUUAUAUCAUCAACUCAUGAAUCUCUAUCCAUCGAUUUUGAAGCAUCGAUUCACAAUGACAGUGCUUGUCUUUCACUCAACCUUCCAGAGGAUUUUACUGCUUUUGAAGUUAAAGGUUCAUGUAGAGGCUUCGUACUUAUCUGCUGUUCCUUAAACAUGUAUCUAUGGAAUCCAUCCACUAGAGUUCACAAACAAAUACCUUUAUCUCCUUUUAGUUCCAACUUAGAUGAAGCUGAUUAUUUCUAUGGUUUUGGGUAUGACCAUUCAACUGAUGAUUACUUGGUUGUUUAUCAUGAUUAUUCAGAAGAACCUCCAUUACACUUGGAGUACUUCUCAUUAAAAGCUAAUGCAUGGAAACAAGUUAAGGGUCCUCACUUCCCUUAUACCUUGGAGGAUGGGCCCAAAGGUGGGUGUCUCUAUAAUGGGGCUAUUCAUUGGUUGGCUUAUUGUAUAACUGAUGUUAUUCUUGCAUUUGAUUUAAUGGAAAGGAAACUUUCCUAUAUGCAUUUGCCUAGUGAUUCUCACGGUGAUCCUUUGCAAUGUGGUGGUUUGUGGGUAUAUGGAGAAUUUCUCAGUCUAUAUACUAAGAAUUAUGGAAAAGAUACGGUUCAAAUAUGGGUCAUGAAAGAAUACAAAGUGAGCUCCUCUUGGACUAUCAUUCUUGUUCUUCCUCUUGAUCUCAUCAUUUGCCGUAAGGCAGCCUUUUUUCCUUUGUGCUGUACUAAAAGUGGUGAUAUUAUUGGGGUAGAUGAAGACGAUGGAUUGGUCAAGUUUGAUAAAAAAGGACGAUUUCUAGAUCUACAUUCAUAUCCUAAAUACGAUCUUAGAUGCAAAGUGACUAUGUGUAUAGAUUCUUUGCUUUCACUCCCUGGUGAUGGUGAUAACACGCAAGCUUGA